GUUCUUUUUUUCUUUUCCUCUGCGGUUCUCUGCCUAAUUCGACAGUAGCCGACCACAAAGGUAUCCAAUACUCAAUAAGACAGCUCUGUGUUGCUUAUAGCCAUAUUCUCCUGUUUCCUCCAUCAUUGUAACAGACUCUAGUCUAUCAUGCCUUGAUAAAUAAUGCUAUCUGCUCGCCUCCCCUAACCAUACUGCCAAUACCCAGUGAUGUAGUUUAACUUAAUGAUUCAAUUACUUGUCGCACCUGAUGUGCCUGCAGCGCCUGACCCGGAACUAAUACCGCUCCCCUUUCCGAGCCUAAUACCGCUGGUGGACUUGUCCUUGUACAUAUUAACAAUCUUUUUUAUUUGGCCUGGUCUUCUCGGCUUCGGAUGCUUUAGCUUGAUAUCGUGGAUUUGCCGCACCAUAAACCCAGAGGCCGUCUUUUUACUCCAACUGCUUUCUUUCUUCUUGCCCUCGACGUCUUUACCCUCCCCCUUGUCUUGUUCAUUUUCUACUCCCCCCUUGUGGCUCAUUGUUUUAUCUUUUUCUUUGCCCUUUCCCUUCGCCAUCUCUCUAUCCUUCCGUCUCUGCUCCCUUCGGAGCUCCUUUUCUUCCAAUCGUCGACGUUUGCGUUCUGACGUUGUUGCCUUAGAUGUGAUACUCGAUAUGGCGUUGGAAUCGCUACCAGACAUAGGCGAAGAUGGGGCUUGCGAUACUUGUCCAAAGGAUGACUUAUCCCGUCGGCGAAUAGCCUUAGAGAGCACGGUGCCAUCGAACCCAAAGCUGUCAAACUCAUCCGAGCAGCCGAGAUCAUCCGACAUACGAGCUAGGAAAGGAAACGUCCUGCGCAUUGAUUGAUAACUGGAUGGCGAUCGCCUAUAACCUAUAUAUGGAGGCUGGUUCUCGAACCUCUCGAUUAACUCUUCAUUGAUAUUAAUGCGUGACCUAGUGUAAACCGAAUCAGUUGAUGAGUGAAUUACUUCAGAUGCGCGAUAUAGAUGAUAACCAAAGAGAUUUGAACGGCGAUGUCGAGGUCGACGAGAUAUCGAACUUGAUCGGUCGUUAUUAAUAUCAUUCUCUUCCUGGCUUGCAUCGGAUUGUUCUCCAUUGUUGCUGUUACUGUUGCCUCCGUCAAUUGAUCGAGUAAUUGUAUUUGAUAUUCUUCGCCAGAGUCCUGCCUUCUGUUUUCUGAAUGGACGGCUACUGGUUUGAGGUUGAGCUCUUCCAGUGUCGGUUUUUCGUUUAUUAGGAGAAAUAUUUGAGUCGACGCCGUAAGAACAUGAAGUUGUAACAGUGUCUAAA